AAGGUUAGUGAGUUCAAACCGCUUUAUUAGCGAACGGUUUCGCUCAUUAGCUCAAGUCAAAAUGUUUGUGUCAUUCAAUUUAAUAUUCCUCUGUUUAUUUUCUUUUUCGUGCGCCACGAAAAUCGAUUACUACUGGAGGGAUUUUACUGAUGAAAUUCCUGACGAUGCAGUUCCGGGUGGAAAAGAUAAAAAUGGCAAAACGACCUACAUAGCUCAAGUGUACAUUCCAAAACACGGUAUUCUUACGACGCGAUUGUACGAAGGGCAAAAAUCUGUUACGGCUUCUAGAUAUGGUAUCCACACAUCCGAAUCAUUUAUAAAAGUCUUAUGCAGUGAUCAACCGGAAAAACUGUCGUGGGUUCCAUCCACAGCUGCCAAUCUCCAUACAGAUACCAUUGGUAAAUAUCUGGUGCCGGGUGGAACAGAAAAUGGAAAACUUCUCAAUAUUGGAAGAGUGUCUUAUCAAGGAGAAGUUAUAGUUGGAAAAGUUUGCGGUUACAACAUUGGAAACGCAUUGAUGUUUUUCCCAUAUGGCAAAGAUGAAAUUAGCGUAGGGUCCUAUGAAGUGCUAGUGUAUGACGAUAAUGCCAUUCCUCAGAUAGACGAACGAAUUUCAAUUACGUCUGAGUAAUCCUAAAUUUCUUGUAUCAUCAAAGAAUUUUCAAAAAUAAAUUACUAAAUAUUUCAAACAAAAA